UCUGAUGGCUCGUUCUGAAAUAGAUACCCAGAGUCCGUGCAAUCGGUGGAGGACACCCUCUACAGUCCGACAGCCGCUUCAUCCGCAGGGAACUACCCACGUCGCUUCUCGGAUGCCAGUGCGGUGCUCCCCGUCGACCACUUCCGCCACCGGCGGGACAGUUCGGACGAAGAGUCCUCCUACACCUUUGGAAAGCCGCAGGGCCAGUAUCUCAGCUAUGCCCCCAGCCCUGGCAUCUCGCGAGCCCCAAGCUUUCUCGACGAUGGGCGUGUGACGGCCAUGUCGAAUUAUACAGGUGUCACAAUUGACGAGACGGACGAUCCCGCCGUCGCACGAUCCAUAUUCCAGCCGCCUAGACAGAACUCCUCCCUACCAUCCCUCCCCUCGUCAACUCGCAUUCAAGCCGAUCCCUACUCUGUUCAGACUAGGUCCCCUUUGCUGGCCUCUGGGGCCUCCCGCUCCCCUAGAUCCCCUCCGCUAUCCUCCUCCCACUCCGUUUCUCCGAUGACCGUCUCUCCUGUCGCCAUGCCCCGGCCAACACUCACCCCGCGGCACUUUCCACUGCCAUAUACCUGCGCAUUCCGCAUGUCUCAAGAUGGGUCCAUGGUCCUCGCCCCGCCAGACGCGUCCACUGACCUGUCGCCGCUCUACCGCUUCGAGGUGGUUCCCAACGUUUUCACGCCGCUAUCGUUCACCACGAGGAUCUACAGGGGCAGCAGUGUGUUUCUCGGGCAGUUCGAGUACGUCAUAUGCUUCGUCGCGUCCCUGCAUCUCUGAUCAAUCUGCGC